AUGUCGUGGUUGAAUUUGAACCAGAGUUUUAACAGUUUGAAGGGACAAAUCUCGAAUUUUGCUUCGGAAGUGUUAUCUGAGAAUACUGCGCAGGAUAUUGAUACAGAAGACUCCGGAAUAGGCCCUUCGUUGAAGGAACUACAGGAGAAAUGUCAUAAUCAGGAGCAAGAAAUUUCGGCGCUGAAAGCUCUGAACGACGAACUGCAGGCCGCUCUACAAUCUGAGGUGAACCGCCCGCUCGUGUAUCGGCUGCUCUCGCUGGAAAGAAUUUCUUUCAACCUUUCCUGUGCCAAGAACUCUGGGUCGUGGCGCUACAUUAUACAUAGCCGCCAGUUGGACCGCAUUUCCAUGAAGGCUCCGACGCGUGCGCGCACACACAUACGUACGAACACGGCGCCCCCCCCACUUGUGUGCGUCAAGGCGUGUAGCUCUGUAAGCGCAGGCGCCGCCUCAACGCUUCAGUCGCGUUCGAACCGUCCCACGGCGCGGUCGUCCUCCCUGGCGGUGCGAGAGUUCGAAUUUCGAACUCCGGUGCCG